AUGAAGUUCUGGCUUUAUUCAAGUGCAAGUCUCGUGGCGUGUCUUGGUCUGCUUUGUUAUACGUAUCUCACACGUCAACAGUUUUAUCCAUCGAUUAUCUACCUUGUAACAUCAAAGGUCAGCGUUUUGAUCCUGGGCAAUGCUAGCCUUGUGCUUACGGCACUCUUUGGUCGACUUGUCAAGUCUUUUUUCCUUGGUCCAUUGCGGGAUGCAGAAGUCGAGUUAUUACAUGAAAAUGUCCGCUACGCUGUGACGGAAACGUGUUUAGCACUCACGAUCUUUCGUGACGAGAUCUCAUUUCACGUGAUGGUGUUAUUCACGGCGCUCAUGUUUCUCGAGAUUUUUCAUUGGCUUGCUCAAGCUCGCAUUGAAUUUAUUGAACAAACGGAUAUUAUCUCUCGGUUUACACACAUGCGACUUGUGGGACUUGUGACAUUGCUUGCAGCUCUUGAUACGGGGUUUGUGAUAUGGUGUUCACUUAAAGUGAUGGAAACUGGACCAUCGGUUUUUAUCCUUUUUGGAUCCGAGUUUCUUAUCUUAUUAGUGACUAUUGUAGCCAUUAUUCUACGCUACGUGCUGUAUAUGGUGGACACUCGGAUGGACGGCACGUGGACAAACAAGUUUACGUACCUCUUUUACUUGGAACUUGUGUCUGAAAUUAUCAAGCUUGUUGUCUACUUGGUCUUCUUCAUGCUUAUUUUUACCUACUACGGCAUGCCAUUGCACAUUGUGCGUGAUCUCUGGGUCUCUAUUAAGAAUUUGCAGCGACGUAUUGUAUCGUAUUUCCGCUACAGAAAGAUCAGUACGCAUUUAAAUGAGCAUUUUCCAAAUCCAACUGAGGAAGAGCUUCAGGAAACGGACAGAACGUGCAUUAUCUGUCGUGAGGAAAUGACCCCUGGUGGAUGCAAGAAAUUACCAUGUUCGCACAUUUUUCAUGUCGACUGCCUCAAAAUGUGGGUCCAACGCCAGCAGACGUGCCCUACGUGCCGGUCUACUAUUCCGACCAAUUCGCGUCCGCCCACCUCAGCCGAUCCUGAAGGACCGGCGGCUCGUGGCGCAAGAGCUGCUGCGGAAAAUAAUAAUGCAGCCGGACCAUUAGCAGGGAAUCAAGUGCCGGGAGUUGACGGUCAAGCGCGUGCUGCGCCGGCUGCUCCGCGGUUCCGUUUUGGGGCAAUGUUUGGGCGUGGAGCUCCUCCAGCAAAUGAGCAUCAAGCUUCUAGUGCAGGAACGCCUGCAGGAGCUGUACAAGCCGAGACACCUCCAGUUUCUGGUGGCAUUCCUGCAGCUGCACCUGGUUAUCCGUUUGCUCCUGGUUAUCCGUUUGCUCCUGGUUAUCCAAACCCGUACAUGUCACCAAUGAUGUUUGGUCCUGGAAUGGGGCCACCUUUUGGUUUUGGGAUGCCAGGAGCGUACGGUGCGAUGUUCGGCGUACCUCCGCUUGGCCAUAUGCCACCGCAAGGAAUGCAGCAGCCAGGUCUGGAUUCAGAAAGUAUUCAACGCCAAAUUGAAUUUCUACAUGCCCAUCUGGCGGUGUUACAAGCUUCAGCAGCACAGUACGGCGCUCCACUUCAGGCUCAAGCGUCUCCACGACCACCAGCGCCGUCCGAGGCAACAACGCAGUCACAAUCCAGCGUUCCAGUUCAAACAGCUCCAGCAGCAGUUCCUGAUCCUGUGACAUCCGCAGCCUUUUCAGCUCCCAUAUCGUCUGUUGUGCAUUCCUCAGCUUUGGCAGGUGGAGCCGCUGCAGGCACAGGAAGUUUGGAAGAAGAGCUAGAGGACAAGCGUCCGAUCUCUUCGUUGAGUCAGCAAGAGAGAACUCUUCCGUCAAGUGCUGCUGCUAGUGAGACCCUACCAUCGUGUCCUGUUGAGUCAACGAUUCCAUCGGUUCCACAGACUGAGGCAGAGCGCCGCCGAGACGAAUUGCGGCACCGUUACAACCGAAUCUAUGGUAGCUCUUCGAGCUCAUCUGCUAUUGACAAGGAAGAAAAGAAGACUGACUGA